CCAGACUGUCCUGCCAAUCUGCCAGAUUGCCUGUGUAAGGGACAGUUGGUUGACAGACAGACCGCUGUCAUGACUAACAACGUGGUGGACAGAGCCUAGUUAGGUACGGAUGGAGACUAAUGCAUCCAGCGAUCCCAGCCGAUAUCGCUGGAUAAUAUUGACCAGACCGAGUCAAUAUCAUAGAUCAUCCUUGGAAUGGAUGGUGGGUUGGAUGGUUGUGAUUGCCUCCCACGGUGCAUUCAUCCAGAUGACCGGUCAAAUCACCAUGUGUAACUUGACAUUGAAAUCUGGGUCUAUCUUUUGAGUUUGCCUGUGGUGGGAUGGAGUAACGAUGGAGAUGGGGUAGAA